GCAACUUUGGAACGAAAGGUUGCUUUUUGGACUCGAUAAAAACAGUUAGAGCUUCCUUCUUCCCUUAUUAAUUUUUUUUGUUACCGGCAUCUUGGAAAACGUUUAUCAGACAUUGCAUCGUUUUAUUUGUUUUACUACAAAAAUCAUCCUUAUUCAUGGCAACAUUGGAGCCCAACGCUAUUUUUUGCUUUUGUUUCCUUCCACUUUCUCUAUCAGCGCAAUCGAAUAUGGGCAUGUAAAGGAACUCCGUUAUUUCCCUGUUCCCAUUGCCUUUGAUCUGGAAAAACUAGUCAGCCAUGGACGCAGAAAACGGUCAAGUUCCCGCGCAAAAUCAGCUGGGCAUUGAGUUAAGCCGAAAAGACGAGGAAAGAGGAGAAGGAAGCGAGCUUCUUCAGGAAGAAGCCUCUCGCGCCACCGCCGCGGAGACAAGCAGCUUAAAAUCAUGUUCUUCAAUUAUUUUUUGGAAAUGCAAACUCUGGAUGGUUAUAACGUCUGUUUUUCUACUGUUGAUCCUUGUGAUCACUUUAAGUUUAAUUUUGUACUCAGUGGUUCACAUAGAUGAAGAUGAAUAUUGGGAUCCUGAAUUAAUUACAAGUGGUAAACAACACAAUUUCUCAGGAAUAGUAAACAUUAAAUGUCCAAACCCUAAUGCGCUUCUCUCAGAAUCUGCAUAUGACGUGUUUUCUACAAAUCUUAAUAAGAGGCUUAAGGAUGUAUACAGUUACUCACCUGCAUUGGGGAGAUAUUUUACCUCAUCUGAAGUUACUUCUUUCAGUGGAGAAAAUAAUACAGUAUCAUACUACUUGCAAUUCUUGGUGCCACCUGAGAGUGCAGACUUCAUGAAGUAUAGAAUGAGUAAAGAGUUUGUAAUGAAUAUUUUAAGACAAAAUAUAUAUGACAAGCAAAACAUCUCUGAUUUGGAUAUACCUGAAUGUACAGAUAUAAUACUUGAUCCAUCUUCUGUUACAAUAAAAUUAAUAUAAACCAUCAAUACGGGAGGAAGAACUGAAUGCAGAUUUCAAGAGUGACUUUGGAGGACUCCUUUGAUCUUUGAUCAAUUUUUUAAUAUUGCAACAGCAGAGAAAAUUGCCGUAUCAAGUAAUUGCACACUUACAAAUUCAAAUUUAGAACAACAGUAUAAACUCCGUGAACAGCAAUCAAAGCAUAAUAUAGUACAAGAAACUGAAGCAACAAUUUUGAUAAGAGGAUGAAUGGUCCAGAUCUCAGAUAAGUAAAAUCCUAUUCAGUAUAAAGACUCCUUUUUGUGUAAUAAUGUAGAACAUUUUCUACAUUUUUUUAACCAGAUCAAGUUUCUACAGAAAGGUGUAUUUAAAAAACAACAACACCCACAAUUGUACACAAAUAUUGCUUUUAUUAUUGCUUAUUAUUUUUGUUACAAUGUGUGUUGCUUUGAGAGUGUUAGCUUUAAUAAUUCAUAACAAAAUUGAUUACUAGUCAUAUACAGUAAAGAUGGACAAUUCUGUCAGUUUUACUUUCAUUUGUGUACAUUUUACAGUAAUUCCAAUUUUUUUUUAAUGAAAAAGUUAAUUCCCUAGGAAAUAUAGCUAUCACUAUCUUUAAGUUACAUAAUUCUCAGUUGUUUUACCAGACAAAUUAUUAGGAACAAGUUAUUUCUCUUUUGGAAGGACUUUUUUUUAUCUUCUUCCCUAUUAAUGUUAAAGAUGAAAAGCUUGGUUUGCAAUUUUUUAAAAGUGAAAACUCCCUAAUUCAGCAAUAUAAAUAUUGUAUACAGUAUGUGCAAGCAUUUAAAGUCUGAAGCAAAUAAAGCCUUCAGUUAGAAUUUUUAAAAAUGCCAGUUUUGCUUUUGAAUCUUAGAUGACAUUUUGUAGCAACUGUAUCUUUGUAAAAUUUAUUCUUUGAAAGAUAAAAUAUACUUUGAUUUUUUUCUGAAGCAAUUUUAUAAAAAUCAAAUGCUAUUUUAGCUUUUCAUAUAAAAACAGUCUCUUUGGAAAGUUCUUAUUUAAAAAGUCAUUAGUUAAAAUUGAGUUAUGCUCCUGCAUUCUGAACUAUUUGAAACUGAAAGAUACAUAGGAAGUUAUAAGGGAUAGUGGUUGUUUCCUAAACAGGCUGGCACAUUACUAAACAUUACUAAAAUUUCUCAGUCUGGGUUUAUGGUUGAAUCUAAGCAUAUUCUUAAACUACAAAUAUUAUAUCCAAAGAUUCCACAUUCCACACACUCGUCGGAUUGACACUGCAAGAGUUGUUGUUACUGGCAUUGCAGCAUUUAUGUCAUCAAAAGUAAGGUGUCCACAGCAAUCACACCAUCCUUGCAUCAGAAGAUGUCAAUAGUUUAAGACCCCCUGCCAGAGAAAAAAAUUGGCUACAUUGUUUUCCCAGUUGCAUGAAUAUUGCUUGAUGUUCUUCCCACCACGCUCAUCCCCAUAUAUAUUGUGUAUUCAUGUUUCUCUUGCUAUUCCCAAUGUUGUGUGACUCUUCCCAGCUAUUGUUGAAGCCUGUCUUUAUGAUUCUGUUAUAUUAGUUCAGAAAUCUUUGAAUGACACCAUUAUUGCUACUGAGAAACUGGCUUCUCUUUCUAUUCUGGUCUUACGUUUGUAUCUGGUUUUGUGGUAGUUUGUAUAUCUAUGUUUGCUUUUACUUUUGUUAUCUCUUAUAUUUCAUCAGACUUCAUCCUUUUUUCAGUAAAGCUAUGGAGAAAUUUUAUUUCAAUGCAAACGUUUUACUCUGGGUGGAUUUCCAUAGAUGGGAGUUUCCUCUCAGUGCAAAUUCUUCAGAAUGGGGGCUUUCCUUCUAUUGCAGCAGGUGAAACAAAUGAUAAUUCCUCCCUUCCCCAUCUCCUGUAAGUUUAGCAACACCCUUGGCUGAAGCAAUCUGCAUUUUCAAAAGCUGCAUUUUCAAGUCAAGGGCACACCUAUUAUAUGCAACAAUCCUGAGAACCUGAAAAGUACCUCCAAACUCUGGCCAAUUGUAUUAGCUAAUCCUUCCCUACUCAGAAUAUCAAGCCCUGGGGUUACUAUUCAUCUGUGAGAUAGCAGAGGCUCCCUGCUAAAGUAAGGGAAGCUAUCCUGCUUCAAUGGACAGCCUUCCAACCCACCAAGGGAUGGUGGAGGUUGCUUGUGAUGGAUCUGCCUGAGCCUAAGAAUAAUGAAAAUGAACAUUUCCAAAACUUUCCAGAAUAGGAUGACAGGACGUUUUUGUUGGCAAUUAGUGUUUUUCCCCAAUAACUUUGAAGCUCCAUCUUAAUGUAGUUCUUGAUA